GAUAGGGUUUCCAUCCUUCUCGCCUCCUCACACCACACGGUCGCACCACAGCACACCACCCCUGGCUUCUGGAUCCUGAUCCGCCUUGCCGCCGCCCCGCGAGCGCGCGGAGCCCGCGCGGAAUGGGGGCCCAGGCGCCGCCGCCGGGGGAGGUGCUGCGCGCCGCCGCGGCCGAGGUCUCCACGCUCUCCGGGAACCGCCGCCUCGGCCUCUUCCGCCACACCCUAACGGCUAUUCUCCCAAAAGUAACAGAGUCAGCAUCAGAUACUAUGUUAUUAGUUGAUCUUAUUUUCCAGACGUUGCCUUUAUAUGAUGAUCGUGCCUCAAGGAAAGCGGUGGAUGAUAUGGUUAUUCGGGCUCUCAGCGAGUCCACCUUUAUGAAACUAUUUGCUGCAAGACUUAUUGGGUGCAUGGAAAAGAAUCUCAAGGUUACAAGCCCUCUUGCUUGUUUCAAGCUUCUCAAGUGGUCAAGCUAUCUUAUGAAAUGGACCCAGUUUGCCACACUUUCUAAAGGUGGUUUCUCUAGACUGGCCAAUGCACAGGCAGUCUCGUCUCAGUUUCUGAUGGACGGUUCCUGCUGUCAUCGUCGGACCUGCAGGCAACUGUUUGUCAGUCUUUUUUCUGAGUCGGUUGAAAUUUAUAAGAUGUACAUAGAGGAGGUUAGAGAUUUAAGGAUUUCAACAAGGGAUUCUCCUGCAUUCAUAAAUCUAAUAUUGGAUUUCACAAUUGCUUCAUCUUGUUUGUGCUCAGAAUACAAGCCAGUAUUCAGUGAUUUAUAUGUCAAGAGUAUCUUGAGCUUAAAAUAUCGGCCAUCAGAAGCAGCCAGUGAAGCUUUUAAGCCUCUUCUCCUGGAUAUUGGGCAUGAGGAUUUCAGAAUUUCUCUACUCCCAUCAUGCAUAAAGAUGCUGAAAACGAAUCCUGAGAUCGUUCUACAAUCUAUUUGGCAUCUCCUAAUGAUGGUUCGUUUGGACCUAAGCAAUUAUUCCAUGGAGUUCAUGCCAUUUGUUCUGCAUCAGGCUCGUCAUUCUGAUGAAGAAAGGAGGAUUAAUGCUUUGCAUAUCCUAGCAACUUUAUGUGAUAAGUCGAGUCAUCCGGAAACUUUACCUUCAAUGUUCCAUGCUAUUAAAGCAAUUUUAGGAGGCUCGGAAGGGGAACUGUCACUACCGUAUCAGAGAGUUGGAAUGUUGAAUGCUUUAGAGCAACUAUCCAAAUUUUGUGUGAACCAAAUAAGCAGACUUGCUCCCUCAGUAUCUAGUUUCCUUCUAACGUGUUACAUGGGUGAAGAUAUUGUCGAAGUGAAAUUGGCAGCUCUCUCAGCUUUGGGGUCAUGGGCUUCUGUAUCAUCUGAAGUUGUCCAACCAGAUGUUGUUUCAUUUAUUGCUGCAGGAUUGAAAGAGAAAGACGCUUUGAGAAAGGGGCAUCUAAAAUUAAUACGAGUCAUAUGCAAGAAGUCUGAUUCCCUGAAUAAGGUUACUUCUCUGCUGGAUCAGUUGAUUCAGGUGUUAAAAUCUGGCUUCACCAAGGCAACACAGCGGUUGGAUGGAAUUUAUGCACUCUAUGCAAUAUCUAAGCUUGCUGCUAUUGAUGCCAAAGCAGAUGGUUCAGUUAUGAAGGAGGUCUGGCCAUUGAUUGCUCAAAGUGAACCCUCAGUGAUUUCUGCUCAGUUGCUUUCCAAACUAACAGAUGAAGAUUGCGUAACAUGCGUGGAUCUUUUUCAAUCACUGCUCGUGGAUCAUCCUUUCCGGGUCCAGGAAUAUUUUUCUAUCCAUUCAUUGCUACAGGUUCUAAUAUAUCUAGUUUGCCAUCCAAGCUGGGCUGUUAGGAAGAUAGCUUAUGAUGCGACUAAAAAAGUUCUUUCAAGCUCUGGGUUCUUGGCUGUAGAUUUUCUGUUCUUGUUCACUGACUGGUUGUCAUUACUUGGAGAAGACAGAAUGUCAAUAUUGAAACAAAGUGAUAUGGAUAGCUCUGGAGAUUCACAACUACCAUUCAUUCCAUCUACUGAGGUCCUUGUUAAAUGCUUGUUUUUGAUUGCACCUUAUGCGGUUGACCAUAGUCGGAGAUCAUAUUCCCGACUUAUAUUGUGCUCCCACCACCCUUAUAUUUCAAGCAUCGGUUCUCCUGCUGGUGUAUGGAAGAGGUUACAAAAAAUGUUGAAGCAACAAAAGUUCUUAACUGACUUAAUUUCCCCCAACAUUUCGGUUAUAUCCAAGGAAUUACUUUCAGAUGAUGGUAUAUUUAGUUCUAAUAAGCAAGAACAAUGUGCAGCACUAUGCUCGUUAUCAACACUGAUGACUAUAUACCCAACUGAUACAUUUACAGAGUUUGAGAAGCACUUCAUAGAGCUUCCAUACCGUGCUCUGCACGAUGGCUUCUCUGAGAAUGAUAUCAAGAUAUUCUUUACUUCAGAGGGGCUGUUAUCAACUGAACAAGGAAUUGAUGUUGCUGAUGCUGUUGCUUCUAGAAAUACAAAACUUGCAAAGGACCCUGCAAAGAGUGAUUGGAAAGAAUCGUCUAGCAUUGGCAAGAGAGAAACUGGGAAAUCUACAAAAGGAACUGCUCCUGUGGACAAAUCCAAGACGUCGAAAGAUGAUGCCAGAGAGUUGCUUUUGAAGGAAGAAUCAUUUGUACGUGAGAAGGUUGGACAUGUGCAGAGGAAACUUGUGUUGAUGUUGGAUGUUCUUGGUGAAUUGGCUAUUGCUAAUCCAGCAUUCACUCAUGGUCAACUACCUCAUCUGGUAAGGUAUAUUGAACCAUUGCUGAGUUCUCCUGUUGUAAGUGAUGCUGCAUUUUGUGCAAUGUCGAGGUUGGCUCGCUGCACAGCCCCUCCUCUUUGCAAAGGGGAUAGAGCAACUUGUGUCAGUAAUGUGAAGGCAUGUUUACCCCAAGAGUCUGUGAACAAACGGCAGAUUCCAAAUAUGAACUCUUCUGAUUGUGUCUCAACAGCUGGGAGCAGCAGGCAGGAAACUAUGUCACAGGAAACUGUUAAUGAAAUUGUACAGAUUUUUGUCAAAGUCCUUGACAAUCCUUCCCUAUCUAUUCAAAUUGAAAGUAAUAGCUCAGUCCGUGAUAUGGUAGCUAUUGCAAUGGUUAAACAUGGCAUACAUCUGAGUGAUGUGUACGUAACAUCUGAUGGCCGGCUUGUUAGCCCAGAGGCUGAAAUUAUUAUCAGUGUGGUGAAUUCAACUUUCAUUAUUGUACCAAGGUUACGAGGUGGCGUUCCACCUCCAAAACUAUUAAAACAGACAAUCGAGAUAUCUUUUAUGUCUCUCCUUGAGUAUUUUGAAAGUGCUGGUGACUUGCUGUUUGAUAUCGUUCGGUUUGAUGGCACUAUGGCGGGAAAGUAUUUUGUAUCAUUGGGUGAGAUUGCAAGAAAAGUAUACCGCUUGCUAUUUAAGCUCCUUGAAUUUUUUCAUAUUCGGAAUGGUUGUAUUAAGCGGUUUGCACUGGGGAGUUUUCGGUAUAUCCCAACAUUUGAUUCUCUAUAUUUAGCUCCCGGGGUAAAGGUUAUUCCGUACACCAAGGAGAAUUACCGUUUUAACGUCCAUGAUGCUGUAUCUGUUAUGGGCUACUGCUGUUAUGACCCUGAUAAGGUUGCGGCGAACUUGGCUGAUAUACGAGCAUCUGGCCAUGUUCCUGGCCAGCUCCCACCAUAUCUUCGCAUAUUGACUCGUCAUGCAAAAAAGAUGAUAGACACUUCAGUUUCUGAAGCACUAAAGAAUCCUUUAGACGGGAAGAAUGUACAAUGGAGAAGCGUUUACAGCUUAGACUUUGCAGGGAAGAGUAGUGCUGGGCGAAUGGCCAUUUUGUCUGCAGUGGAUUUAUUCCAGGAUUAUCUUCCACAACAUCUACAGACGAGGAUAAGAGCUUUGAUGAAUACAACAAAUGUAGGUCUUUGGAAACAUGUGGCAAACAGUGUUCCUUCGUUGAAAGCAGUCAUCGAGUAUGAAAUAUAUGUCAAAGGGAGCACCCAGACCCAGGGCAUAGAGAACUUUGUUACAAAGAAGAAAAACUAUUAUGAUCACUGCACAUACUCUUUGUGGGAGUGCGGACAUAAUCAUCUGAAGCAUUCAAAGAAGCAUUUGAUGUCCGAGAAAGUAGCGGAAGCCUUGUUCAGCUUUCUGUUUGCUGAUGAUAUUGCUCAUGUUCCCAGAGUGCUAAUUCAAGAGUUCAGUGAUCCAACCCCAGAUGUGGGUAAGGAGCAAAAUCGUGCAAAAGUAAAGCAGAUAAUUGACAUGGACUGAUAAUCAGAAUGCAGGAAUCCAGUGAUCCUUCUAAACCACUGACAUGUAACAUCUAUCUUUAAGAACCUUGCUAAGAAGAAACAGAGGUUAUCAUGAACUGAAACUGCCUCAAAGUGUCUCUCGAGCAUGAUAUCUACUGCAGGUUAAUCUGCAUCUAUGUUGAUUUACCAAACUCGAGCUGUGUCUAUCUACCGUAAGCUGGACAGUUAUCUGUCGACUGGUCUGUAGUUCAGUGUUAACUUAGGAUUUGGCUACCACUGCUUUUUCUCUGCUGUAAUGCUUAAUACCUAAAUGUUACAGAGUCAGCUAAUGGUAGAUGCCAAACUUCUGGUGAUGCGAACCUGUAGUUCUGUUAAAUCAGAUCUUUCUUAUGUGGUUUGUCGUCGCCAAAACCCAGUGUUGUCAUGUGCUGCGAAAGUUUGAGAAAUGUUUGCCAAAGUGAUGCAUAUUUACUUCA